AUGGCUCCAGCUCAUAAGAGUCAUAAUUUUCGUCCUGAAAAUGUUUUAAAACGUGCUGAAGAUUUAAUUGCCGUUGGACAAAAAGAAGCAGCAUUAGAUACUUUAUAUGAAUUAAUUACAUCUAAAAGAAUUCGUUAUUUACAAGUCGAAGAUUUAGAACCUAUUGCAAUUUUAUUAAUUGAAUUAGCAGUUGAAUUAAGAAAAGGUAAAUUAGCAAAAGAUGCAUUACAUCAAUAUAAAAAAAAUAUUCAAUUAUCAGAAAAUGGUUUAGAAUCUGUUCAAACUAUUGUUCGUAAAUUUAUUGGAUUAGCUGAAAAAAAAUUAGAUGAAGCUCAAGCAAAAGCAGAUAUUAAAAUUGAUCAAGAUGAAACUGCUGAAGAUGAUUUAGAAACUGCUCAAACUCCUGAAACUAUUUUAUUAAGUGCUGUUUCAAAUACUGACACAGCUGAUAGAACAGAAAGAGAAUUAGUUACUCCAUGGUUAAGAUUCUUAUGGGAAGCUUUAAGAGCUGUACUAGAUAUUUUAAGAAACAACUCAAAAUUAGAAGUUACUUAUUCAGCUAUUGUAAAUCAAGCAUUUAAAUUUUGUCUUAAUUUCAAAAGAAAAGCUGAAUUUAGAAGAUUAUGUGAAUUAUUAAGAGUUCACAUGCAAUCAGUUACAACUCAAACUAAAACAUCAACUAAUAAUGCUAUUGAUUUAUCAGAUAGUGAUACUGUUCAACGUUAUUUAGAACAAAGAUUUGCACAAUUGAAUAUUUCAGUUAAAUUAGAAUUAUGGCAAGAAUCUUUUAGAUCAGUUGAUGACGUUCAUACAUUAAUAACCGCAUCCAAAAAAUCACCAAAACCAAAUAUGAUGGCCAAUUAUUAUGAAAAUUUAGCAAGAAUUUUUGCAGUUUCAGAUAAUUCUUUGUUCCAUGCUGCUGCUUGGAAUAAAUUUUUUAACUUGUAUUCACAGUCACCAUUAGCAACAGAUGAAGAAUUAAAAAAAUUUGCGUCUAUUUUAGUCUUAUCAACAUUAGCAAUUCCACAAACAGCUAUUAAUGAUGUUGAUGAACAUAGAACUAAAAAUUCAAAAUUAUCAUCAUUAUUAAAUUUAACUCAAGUUCCAACCAAAGAAGGUUUAAUCAAAUCAGUUGUAUCAAGAGGUAUAUUGAAAUAUGUUGAUGGACCAGUCAAAUCAUUAUUCGACUUAUUAGAAUCCAAUGAAUUUCAUCCAUUAUCAGUCAAAAAAGAUGUUUCUCAAAUUUUCAAAUCAAUUGAAGCAGACAGUGAAUUAAAAAGAUAUAUCCCAACUUUAACUGAAGUCAUUUUGAUCAGAAUUUUCCAACAAGUCUCACAAGUAUAUGAAACCGUUAAAUUAGAGUUUUUAAUAUCAUUAGGUAUAUUUGAAGGUUUAGAUUAUUCAUUAAAUGAAUUAGAAGUUGAAAACUUAAUUGUAAAUGCUGUUAAAGAUGAUUUAAUUUCAUUAAGUAUUGAUCAUGACGCCGGUGUUGUUUCAUUUAAAUCAAAUCCAUUCGAUGAAAUCUCAAGCACUUUUGCUAACAACUUACAAAUAUCACCAGCUGAAUUAGUUCGUACACAAAUUAGUAAAUUAGCCGCCACAUUGGCUGAAACUGUACAAAUUAUCGAUCCAAAUUAUGAAUCACGCAGAAGACAAGCACAAGAAUACGCUCAACAACGUGCUUUGAAAGAUUUUGUUGUUGAACAAAAAUCUAUUGCUAGUAGAGCCAAAAUAAUUGAAGAACGUAAAAUAGCAGCUGAAAAAUUAAGACGUGAAGAAGAAGAAUUACAAGCAAGAUUGAAACAAGAAAAACAAGCUGCUGAUCAAAAAGCAGAACAAGAAAGAUUAGUUCAAGAACAAGAACGUAAAAAGAUGGAGAAAUUACAAAAAGAACGUGAUUUAAUUCAAGAAAAUGAAAAACGUAAAAUUGCUGAAGAAAUUAAUGCUAAAGGUAUCAUUAAAGUUGAUUUAGAUAAUUUAAAAGAUUUAGAUACUUCUAAAUUACAAAUGAUGCAAGUUGAACAAUUAAAUAAAGAUAAAAAGGAAUUAGAAGAAAAAUUAAGAGUAACAUCUAAAAAAGCUGAUUAUUUAGAAAGAGCAUUUAGAAAAUAUGAAUUAAAAUUAUUAGAAGCUGAUUCAGAUAAACAAAGAGGAUUAGAAUUUGAUAAUUAUGAAACUGUUAAAAAUUCCAAAAUUCAAAAAGCUAAAAAGGACUUUGAUGAUUCUGUUGCAUUAAAAGAUCGUUUACAACGUAUAUUACCAGAUUAUAACAAAUUCAAAUCACAAAUUGAUGCUAAGAAUGCAGUUAAAGUAGCUAAAUUAAAAGAAGAAGCUCAAGCUAAAUUUGAACAAGCUAAACAAGAAAGAAUUGAAAAAGUCAAAAAACAAAGAAUUGAAGAAUUAAAAAUAAGAAAAGAAAGAGAAAGAAAAGCUCAAGCAGAAGAAGCAGCAAGAAAAGCUCAAGCUGCUGAACAUGCUAAAUUAAAGGAAGAAUUGAGAAAACAAAGAGAAAAAGAUGAAGAAUUACAAAGACAAAGAGAUGAAAUUGCUGCUCAAGCUGCUGCUGCUCAAGCCGCUGAAGAAAAAGCAAAACAAGCAAAACCCAUGUCAUUCGCAGAAAAAAUGAGAUUAAAGAGAGAAGGUAAAUUGCCAUAA